AUGGUUCUAUCAAAUUACACUACUGCGCUACUAUUGAACGGUCAAAUUCUCCCAUCCCAAAUUGCAGACCCAUAUAUAAUUCUGGUUAUCGGUUGGAUAAUGUUAUUGGCCUCACUUCUCGGAAUGGCUAUGAACUUUCGUGUCCUUCAAAGCUUCUGCAAACAGAAAAUGUCGAGUUUUUAUCUUAUGUGCUCUUCGAAAACUCUAUCCAACAUGUGCAUUUUAUUGGGAUACGUCGUUCAUAAUGCUCCAAUCACAAUCAUGAACAAUUUUAAUGGACCAACUUUCAUGAACACCCUUGUCAAUGAAAUGCUGAGCUAUGGAAUCUACAUUGUAGGUCCUAUAAUCCAAUUCAUGAUAUCUAUAAAUCGUCUCAUGAUUAUUAUAUUCGUAAAGCAGUCUAUGACCCAGAACAACCAAAACCUCACAAUUAUACUUUUAGCCAUAACCUGGCUGGCGGGUAUUUUAUUGACUGUGAUAACCUCUGUUGACACCUGUAAUUUGACCUACAAUCCUGAACUGUUAAACUGGUGGCAUGAUGGGUGUGGUAAUUUUGUUGGCGAUGCAGUCACUGCGUUUGUAAUUUUGUGCGCAAUUCUAUCAAAUGUUUGCAAUUUUGUAAUAGUAGUAAGAUUAUUAACCUCUAUUGUCCAGAACAAGAUACAACUGGAUUCAAGUACAGUCCGCCGGAGAAAACAAAAAUCUCGAAAACUUUUCAUUCAAAGUUGUAUUCAAGACUGGUUAUCUGCCAUUGAUAGUAUUAAUAUAACAUUUGUGGAUUCGAAUUUCGACAAGGCAAUAUUCAAAUUUCUUUUCGAUAUUUUCUCGAACCUCAUGACUCCAGUACUCGAUGGAUUUGUUAUGUUGAUAUUCAAUCAGGAGUGUGAAAACAAACAAUCUACAAUUGUUACUGUCAAAAUGAGGGAAACAACUACUCAUAAUACUGGAUCACAUAAUAAAUUUUGA